AUUCCUAUCUCUUCCUGAUCACAUCCACCAAUUAUACAGAGAAAUUAAUAAAAAAGUAGGUAGCAAACAACCUGGUGAAAUGGCCAAUGAGAUGAGACUCCAUUAUUGUUGAUUUCUAAUUUCUUCAUAACCCUUCUUUCACCACUUAUUUGCUUUUGGUCAAAACUUACAAUCUUCAGCUACUACACAUUUGCAGAGCUUCUUCAAACUGUUUGUUUGUUUUAUCUCUGUAUUGCUUUGUUUUUGAAGAGUUUCUGGCUUUUCAUAUCCUUCAUAAUUCCAAAGUUGUUUGAAGUUUGCUUCGUUUCAGCAUGUUUUUGAUCUCUGUAUGCUUCGUUUCUUACCUUUCAUAUCUUUUAUUUGCCAAAGUUGUUCCAAGUUUGUAGAGGUUCUGCCUGUUCUUGAUCUGUGUAUUGCUUCAUUUUGACUCAAUUUCUUACCUUUACCACCAAAGUCUGUUUAUCUGUAUUUUGCCGUAAACCUGUUCUUCAAUUUCUUACCUUUCCUUCUUUCAGAACAAACACCAUGGAUGUAUUUGGGAUCUUUAUCUCUCCAUUCAUACAAGCUAUGGUUGAUAAAUUGUCCUCUUAUUUUAGCAACUUAGUGAGCACAGUGGACGUUGGCACUGGCAUCCACAAUCUGAAGAAGGCAUUAGAGGAUUUAGAGACUCUGUUGGCUGAUGCAGAGAACAAACAGAUAUACCACAAGGAUAUCAAAAAGUGGCUUGAAGAGGUUUACCAUUUGGCUUACGAUGCAGAUGACAUAUUGGAUGAUUUUGCCAUUGACGAUCUCGAAAGGAAGCUAAUGGCAGACGAGACGACGAUCAAAAGAAGACCAGCUAAGUUUCCACGCCUCUCCGAUAUUGUUCCAUUCAAUUUAAAAAAUGGGUCAAAGCUAAUUGAGAUUACUAGUCAAUUACAAGAAGUUGCUACAAAAGGAAAAGAACUUGGUUUAGAUAACAGACUUGUUGGGAGGAUGUCUACAGAUUUACGGCAGAGAUCACAAACUACAUGUUUGAAGGAGCCUCACAUUCAUGGCAGAGAUGAAGACAUCAAGCAAAUUAUCGAAUUGCUGCUUGCGGAUGCUCCUGCUGGAAACUUUUUUGAUGUAAUUCCUAUUGUAGGAAUGGGUGGGAUCGGCAAGACUACACUAGCUCAGCACAUUUACAAUGAUGACCGAGUGGAAAAUUAUUUCAAUCUAAAAGCAUGGGUAUGUGUAUCUGAUGACUUCGAAGUUACGAGGAUAACAAAGGCAAUUCUCGAGUCGUUCACUCACGGUUCAUGUAAUUUUAGUAACUUAAAUGAGGUUCAAGUCCAACUUAGCAAAACGGUGGCAGGGGAAAAGUUUUUGCUUGUCCUAGAUGACGUGUGGGACUAUGGACGUGAUGGGUGGAAUUUGUUACGAUCCCCAUUUGGAGCUGGAGCACCUGGAAGUAAAAUCAUUGUGACAACGCGAGACAGAGGUGUUGCAAAGCAGAUGGGAAUGGAUAAAUAUCACAAUUUGCACAACUUAUCAUAUGGCGAUUGUUGGUUAAUCUUUUCCCAACAUGCAUUUCAGAACAGAAAUAUUGAGGAAUACAAAGAAUUGGAAUCAAUUGGUAAGAAAAUUGUUGAGAACAGGUGCAGAGGCUUACCUUUGGCAGCGAGGGCUCUUGGCAGCUUAUUGUGCUGUAAACAAGAAGAAUGUGAAUGGAAAGAGAUACUAAACAGCAAUAUAUGGAAUGAGGAAAGUGGCAUUCUCACAGCAUUGAAAUUGAGCUACCUUCAUCUCCCUGUCCAGUUGAAGAGGUGCUUUUCCUACUGUGCAAUUAUCCCAAAGGACUACGGAUUCACGGAGGAGGAAUUAGUCUUGCUAUGGAUGGCUGAAGGUUUAAUUGAGCAACCAAAAGGUGGAGACCAAAUGGAGAAUAUGGAGAUUUAG